AUGCUGCGCCGAGCAGCACCUAUCUCGCAAAGGCUCAUUGGUCGCCGAUUCGCCAGCAAUGCUGAGGUCACGAGAUCCUCAAAGUGGAGACGCAGGCUGCUACUGGCAACUGGAACUGUUGCGACCGCUGCCAUUGGUGUUGCCUCUUUCUCUUACAGCAGCGAGAAGAAGCGGCAGGAGUGCAUUCAUCUUGCAAGGACUGUGGACGAGAAGCCGGUACCUACACGAGCUGAUCAGAUCAAGCGAUUAGCAAGUGGCGAAGAAUUUGACAUCUUAGUGGUCGGCGGCGGUGCAACAGGUGCUGGCGUUGCUUUGGAGGCGCAACUAAGAGGACUGAAGGUGGCAUGUGUGGAGCAGGAAGACUUUGCGUCCGGAACCUCUUCCAAAUCCACGAAGCUCCUUUGGGCUGGUUCGCGGUACCUUGUGAAGGGCUUGGUGAAGCUUUUCUCGCCAUCUUCCUUGCUGAGUCCAAUGGCGGCAUGGAACGAGUUCACGGGAACAUGGCACAUGGUCUUGGGAUGCUUCCGUGAGAGGACGUACAUGCUGACCAUGAAUCCACACAUCACUAAUUGGAUUCCCAUUGCCGUUCCGCUCGACAAAUGGAUCAUUUGGCCGCCACCGUUUGAUUAUCCACCAGCUGCGCUUGGGCCGUGCACGGGUCUGUUCGUUGUCUUCUUCAAGUUCUACGACUUUCUGGGACAGUAUGUUGCGCCAAGCUCCUAUGUCAUGUCUUCAGAGAGAGCCAGAACAGACUUUCCACAAAUGGAUGGCAAGAGGAUGAAGUACGUAUCGGUGUUUUAUGAGGGCGAGCACAAUGACGCACGAACCAAUCUCUGCAUCGCUCUCACCGCGGCAAUGCAUGGGUCAUGCAUCACCAACUAUGCGAAGGUUGAGAAGAUACUCUUUGAUGCCAAUGGUGUCGCCGAGGGUGCAGAGGUGCUUGACAAGACCGAUCCUGCAGCCAAGCCCUUUACCGUCAAGGCCAAGAAGAUUGUCUACUGCGGUGGCCCCUUCACAGAUGGCCUGCGGCAGCUUAGCGAGGGGAAAGAUGUGAAGCCUAUGGUCAAUGCUUCUGGAGGUACGCACAUUGUUCUUCCGCCAUAUUAUUGCCCCCGCCACAUUGGUAUGGUCGAUAUGAUGACUUCCAGAGGUUCUUUUCUCUUCUUCCUUCCGUGGGAGGGCUACACGCUUGUCGGCACCACAGAUGUGAAGACCAUGCCUGACUUGCAUCACCAGGUGCCAGAGGACGAGAUACAGUACUUGAUAAAUGAAUGUGAGAAGUACUUGUCACCGAACUUGCAAGUGCGUCGACGAGAUGUAAUGUCGGCAUGGUAUGGCAUUCGCCCACUUUGCGGAGAUCCGAAUGCCAAAGAUCAAAGCUCUGCUUCUCGUGACCACGUUGUGUCGCACCAUCCCACGAACGGCAUAACUUUCGUUUCUGGUGGAAAGUGGACGACUUGGCGAGAGAUGGCAGAGGAUGGUGUUGACCAGGUUGUAGAGCGCCACCCGGAUCUGAAGAAGAAGGCCGGCCCUUCCAAGACCUUGGAGACACCACUGCUGGGAACAGGAAAGACGAAGGAGUUUCCGGAAGGAUAUCACGAGAACCUGGCCGUGCGGCUGUCGCAGAAAUACGAUGUGGCUUUCGACGUGGCCCAGCAUUUGGUGAGAAACUAUGGCACCAGAGCUGCGGAUGUUCUCUCAUGCGUCGAAGAAGGCCAAGUGAAGGGAUCAAGAUCUGGACUCUACAAGCACUAUCCCAGACUUUAUGAGGGCGCAGCAGCUACAACUGGCUACCCGUAUUUGGAGGCAGAGGUGCGAUAUGCAGUAAACCACGAGUAUGCAGUGACACCUGCGGAUGUUUUAGCUCGACGAACCCGCUUAGCUUUCCUCAACUCGACAGCAGCCCGCUUAUGCCUUCCGCGCGUUGUUCAGAUCAUGGCCGAGUGCUUGGGGUGGUCUGAUGCACGCACUCUAGAAGAGCAUGAGCAAGCCGAGCAGCUCCUAGCCCGUGACUUUGCCGGACCGGUGCCAAACAAGGUUGGAGCACUUCUUCGAACAGCAUGCACUGCAGACGUGAAGGAUGUGUUUGACAAGAUUGACGUCGAGAGAAAGGGCACCCUGACCAAAGCAGGAAUUGCCAAGGCAGCAGCUGAGCUCGGCUUCCCCCUGUCGCAAGCGGAGCUCCAGAAGGCGGUCAACGAAAUGGACACCGACAGGAAUGGCGAGGUGCACUUCCCGGAGUUUUUGGCAUGGUGGAACUCGUCUGAAAAGAGUCAGGAUGUGCACAAGAAAAUCUCCAUGGGCAGUCGGGCUGGUUCCAGGUGGAAAACAGUUGAAGAAUAG